CCUAUAAAGAAUUUAAAGAUGAAUAGAAUCUUGAGAAAACUAUCGUGCGUUAAGACAAAAGUUAAAACUUCACUGCGACUAUUCGAAUCCAGGUCAUCACUGUCUUCUUCCUCUUCUGCCUCUUUCACUCCUAAGAGGUUCGACGUCUUUCUAAGCUUCAGAGGCGCAGAUACUCGCAGGAAGUUCGUUAGCUUUCUGUACAAGGAUCUAGAGGCUAAAGAGAUUCGAACGUUCAAAGACGACAAGGAACUGGAGAGUGGCCGUCCGAUUCCACCGGAGCUUGUCCAAGCCAUCAAAGGAUCAAAAAUCGCCAUCGUGGUGGUCUCUGCGACUUACCCUGCUUCCUACUGGUGUCUAGAGGAGCUCGUGAAGAUUCUGAAGUACGAGAAAAAGGGUUUGCUCAAAGUGCUGCCUGUUUUCUACGAGGUUGAUCCUUCUCACCUGAGGUGGCAGAUCGGAGAAGUAGCGAAACAGUUCAAGAAACACGAGAAGAGACAAAGCAAAGAGAGGGUCAAGUCUUGGAGGGAUGCGUUGGCUUAUUUGGCUAAUCUUUCCGGCGAAUGUUCCAAAAAAUGGGAUGAUGACUCAAAGCUUGUCGAUGGAAUCACGGAGAAGAUAUCAAAGAUGUUGUUCUCAACAACACCUACCAACGGUAACAACCUAAUUGGUAUCGACCAACACAUGGACGAGUUGUAUCCAUUACUGGAUCUACACUCAAACCAAGGUGUUAGAGUGAUUGGUAUAUGGGGAAGAGGAAGCAUCGGAAGAUCAGUACUAGCUAAGCACGUCUACGAAAACAUCUCACAUAACUUCGAAGCUCAUUGUCACCUCGAAGACGUGAGGAGGGUUUCACGACACUGCCGCAGAUCUCAUCUACAAGAAGAGCUUCUUUCCAAGAUGCAAGGAGAAGGCCUGGGCGCAAAGACAAGGUGUCUUAACGCAAUCAAAGCAAGGCUCAGGAACAAGAAGAUUCUGCUUGUGGCUAACGACGUAGACAAGAUCAAACAGUUAGAUGCGCUUGCGGAGGAGUUUAGCUGGUUUGGUCCAGGGAGCAGAAUCAUCAUAACCACACAAGAUAGACAACUUCUUAGUUCAUCUGGUGUGACGAGUGUCUAUGAAGUUGAGCUCUUGAGAUGCUACGAAGUUCGUCAGCUAUUCAGGUCAGUAGCAUUCAAGCAGAGAAGUGAUCCUGAACCUUUCAGGAAUAUUUCUGAUGCGUUCGAGUCGGUGUUAUGUAGGGGAACAAAUAUUGCCAUGGAAUGGUUAGGUUGUCUACAUGUUAGAUCUGGUUAGGGGACAGUGUUCCCUUUUCAUAUACUAAACUUAGUAAGACGUGGCUUAUAAAUAGUAAUGUUCUGUAUAUUUUUGGAGUGGGUUGCUGGUGUAUAUAUAGAAGAACUGCCAUUCUUUACUUGGAUUAAGUAGGAGUCAAAUAGAAGUCAUUGAUGCAGAUAAGAGCGAGGGAUGUUGUUCUGUACAGUUAUUGAUGGAGAUGGUAUAAACAAUGCCUCUGGCAUCGAUCAUUUAAUCAAAGAGGUGAAGCUAGGAGAGUGUGGCCUCUCCUAAGCUGUUGUCUCCAUCAUGUGUCCUCAAAGCAGCUAGCGGUAUGCAUUGUUUUAGAGAGGAGAUAUGCAAUAUUCAUAAUCUUUUAGUAUACCUUUUGUGAUAUUACAGGGAAGAGUACUACACUGUUGAAGUUUGUUUGGAGCAAAUUUUAUGUUGACGGAUGCAUUUAAGAGAAUGUAUGCCUUCAUCUGAUAGUAUUUCCAUAUAACUUUCCUCACACUUUGUCGCCUGGUUAAGAAAAUUUUCUACAGGUCUCAGACCACAAAAGAUAUCUGGCUUGCAAGAUGUGCCGAUAUAGAGCCUUGCACCUUGGUAAUGGACUUGAAGGCCACCGAUGGUGCAAAACCCGGCGUUAGGGGACCCUUUACUUAGUUCUAGAACUUUUCUUUAUGGCAUGAUUUGAAUCGGUUGAUCAUUUUUCUCUUACUGCAAAAAAUUGAAAGGAGGGGUAUAAAUAUAUGUAGUAUGUACGAUCUCAAAACCUAGUUCCGUGAAAGUUAA